GCUGAAUUCUGAGCCAGUAGGGCAUCUGUGUUGAAAGGUCAUGGUUACUUUCACAAUUUGGUUAAGACUAAAUCAAAUUCUGAAAUUUUGAACAUCAAUUAUUUUGCUAUUUUUAAAAAGGAUAUACAUUCGUACCUACACACCUCUCAAGCUGACAUUUUUAGUGUUGUAUCAUCAGUUUUAUUGGAAUGUUUGGAUCAAGGAUAUCUCCAGGGAAGUGUGGCUGCCAGAUGUGAUCAUGGACAUUAUUUGUUGAGAGGCUAAGCUUUUGUUGUUCAUUGUCGUGAUGGGUCAGCGGCUGAGUGAUGACUCUGAUGAUAAAGAGAUUGAUGUUGCUGAACUUCAGGAGUGGUAUAAAAAGUUUGUGGUGGAAUGCCCAAGCGGAACACUCUUCAUGCAUGAGUUCAAGAGCUUCUUUGGUGUUACUGGCAACAAGGAAGCAGCAGAUUACAUAGAAAACAUGUUCCGAGCUUUUGACAAAAAUGGGGACAACACUAUUGAUUUUCUGGAAUAUGUUGCGGCCUUGAAUCUAGUGCUGCGAGGAAAGCUUGAGCACAAACUGAAAUGGACUUUUAAAAUGUACGACAAGGACGGGAGUGGCUGUAUCGACAAAACUGAGCUAAAGGAGAUUGUGGAGUCAAUCUACCGACUAAAGAAAGCUUGCCAUGGUGAACUUGAUGAAGAGUGUAACCUCCUGACCCCAGAUCAGGUGGUGGACCGAAUAUUUGAGCUAAUGGACGAGAAUGGAGAUGGGGAGUUGUCUCUGGAUGAGUUCAUUGACGGGGCACGGCGGGACAAAUGGGUCAUGAAGAUGCUGCAAAUGGACGUUAACCCCGGAGACUGGAUCAAUGAACAGAGACACCGCAGCGCCAACUUCUGAACUCCAUGUUAACCAAAGCAAGCCCUUAACAUGCUGGAAACCUACCCCUUAAUUAUGCAUAGUUUCUCAAAAUGUUAGUCCUGGUAAUAAAAGUGAACCUUAACCCAUCAGCUCCAAUUAUUUUGAUAAAGUGUAGAGAGGGAUCUCUAGAGCAAAGGGAAAUGACCUCUGCCAAUAUAUUCUUCUUUUCUCAUAUAUUCCCCGUUGUAUCUCUCCCUUGUGUCUGUUUUGAAAGCAACAUUUAUUGUAUUUAAAUGUACAUAUUUAUGUUUUAUUUAUUAUUUCUCUCACAUUUGUUGUUAGGAACUGACCCUUUGAUGAUUGAAUGAGUGAUUUCUGACUCUAUUGUUACUGUUACACUGUGGAUGAGGUGGUUUUAAGUUUUAUUGUCUGUCACAUAUUACAAAAUAAAGGAAAAAUAGCAGCCACUGACUUCAAAUGGACAUAUCUGAAGUUUGUAAAUAUAUGAAUAUUGCAAAAUGUAUCAAAAAUAAAAAUCUUCAAU